AGGAAACAGCAGCGCAGUUUCGUUUUUAACUGUUUGUCGCUGCUGUAUGUCAAUCAAUCUACAUCCAGGAACGAAACCAGCCCUUUUAUAAUUAUCUCUCUCUCUAAACUCUUUGUGAAAUGCAUGUCUCCUUAAAAGACGCCCUGACAGGGAAAAGCACUCAAAAAUAGACAGGGGAAGUCGGUUAAUAUUUGUCCCCCUCGCGAGGAGCGAGCAUUACACCUGUGCUGGUUUGCGCGCGAGCAAAGUCUGCGCGUCAGGAGGAAAAAAAAAGAAAAGUUCCACGAGCGAGACGGUGACGCGCACCGAGAGUUGCGGAGCGUGUGAGUCCUGAAGGGCAAAUAAGAGACCGGAGAAACCGACCUUAACCAUAUCAAGGUGCAUUUCUCUCAUUCUUAUUUCAUAUAGGCGCACGUGCAUUGCAUUGCGCAUGCUGACAAUGUAGGUUAGGUAUAUGUCGAACAUUUUAAUUAUAAGAUCUUGUGUCUGACAAGCAAAGCGUCAUCAUGGGUUUUGGUGGGUAUGAUUUCAGUGGUGACCUACAGUAGCACGGGAUGCGCCGCACAAAGCGGGUCUGAAAUGCCGGAUGGGAGACGCAGAGACCUUCAGGAGGCUCAUAACAUCGAUUCUUGAGGAUAUAUUUAUUUGUUACCGGAUAUAUUUCUCUGCACCAUAAGGACGCACUCUAGUGCCACCGGGAAUUCUGCUGCGAGGGAGCCGGUAUAAAUGGAAUGCAUGGAAAACUCUCCUGUAAAAUAACAUAUUUUGGGAUUUAUUGUAGCUAUAGGGCUAGUUAUUUGUAAUAAAUACGCGCCACGGCCAUAAGCAUCUCAAAAGCCAGAUUUUAUACUCAAGGAGUCCGUGUUGUGUCUAUUUCUUCAUUUACCUAAUUUACAACUUUUUAUUUCCUAAUUAAACCAUGAAAGGGAUGACAAUUGCCUUGUUUUUUGAGAAUCUACUGAGUAAAUUGUCACUGUUUGGAUUAAAGAUGUUGGAUUCGGGUGUGAAAGUGGAAUAAUCAUUCAUUAUUAACAACUCUAAGCACUGGACGUUGGAGCUUCUAUACCUAUAUUAUUUAGACAACUAUUUCUGACUUUUCUUGGUGAACUCAAACAAUGGGGAUCAAGCUGAGAGUUAUUCUGGGAAUGUUUCAGUUCGUCUCAUUUACCAGGAUACCAACACAAUGUGCCAAAACACCGUCAAACCAUUGGAUGCCAACAGAGAGCCACAAAUCUGGAGAAGUGGUGAGGUGGUUAGAUGUGUAUCAAAGAAGCGGAUGUCAUCCCAGAGAGACGCUGGUGGAAGUUUGGCGGGAGUUUCCGUGGGAGACAAAUCAUCUCUUCCUGCCGUCGUGUGUAACACUGCGCCGCUGUGGAGGCUGCUGCUCCGAUGAAGCGCUGGAGUGUGUGCCGUCUCGAACACACACACUUGUCAUGGAGCUCAUGAGGACCUCAUACAUGAAGCAUGAACUUGUGCAGCUGCCUUUUGUCGAACAUAACCAGUGUGAGUGCAGGCUAAAAGCAAAUCUUUAUGCAGCACAGCCAACCAGGCAAGGCCCACAGACAACAAGAAAAGGGAGACAGCGACAAAGGGGGAAACCAAAACGAAAGAAACACAUAGGAAAAAAGCCGACUCUCGUGCCAACUACACCCCCUCCUCCUCCCCUUCCCACUCUACCACCUAGCUCCGCCCCUCCACCACCUGUCAGAGAGGCGUGUCCGCCGUGCCCCACCCGCAGGAUGACAUCACAGCCUCCCUCUUGUGAAUGCAGGUGUAGUUUGAAGGAGAUGAGCUGUACAAAGAGAGGGAAGACACUUAACCAGCACAGCUGCCGAUGUGAAACCCAAAGCGAAUAGAGAAAUCAAACCACCCGUAUAAUCCACCGAUCAAACUUUGCACAGCUUUGAGGAGGUCAAAGGUUUGCUUAUUCUUUUGUCAUGGACUCUGAAGUUUGGGUCUCAUCCAAAAAAGAGGGUUUGCGUUCAGGAACAAACCACAAACCCUCCCCCUGGUCCAUCUGGCUGUGUCCCCCACACCAUUACGGCAGUAUUAGAUCCAUAUUCAUUCCUCCUGCACUGUUUAUCCAUGUCUGUGCUGUGUGUAUGGAAUAUCAUCAGAUCCUGUUGUUGAAGCUUUUUGCCAUUAUGAUCCAAACUUCAGAGCACCUUUAACCAUUUGACACUGUAUUAUGGACAUUGAGUGGUUCAAGCGUAUCGCUGGAAUAUUCAGUGCUCUAAAAGUAAACCAUAGAGUUCUCACUGAGCUUUAUCCAAAACCAUUUUUGGGAUUCUGUUCAGCUUCAGUGGAUCCUCAUAGGCACGGACACUCUGCUAGUGAGACGCUAAGGAUGACGAGUGCGCUGAGAACUUUCAAAGGGAAAACUAAAUAAGGAAGGAGUCUUUUUUCUACCAAACUACUUAAAGUGGAGAAUUUUUGAUGGGAUGGAUGUUGACAGACCUGCAAUGUUGAGAGAACUCAAGUGUUUCACUACACAAACAGAGUAUCUCAUCCUGAGAACAUCCCGACAUCUCCUCUGACCCUCUCAUGAGAUAAAUGGAUGGAUGGGUCAAUUAGACGGAUCGAUGGGUGUCUGUGUGGUCUGAAUUGUGCAUAAUAAGGAUCUGUGCAUUUAUCCUAAUUUAUUCCUGGCCUCUAUAAGUCCUUAAUGUGGUUUCACAGACUGUAUCAAUGAGUCUUUUUGUGUUUGUUUGAUUUGCUUUUUGUUCGGUUCCUUCCUUUGGGAAUUGAAAGCUUUUUCCCACUGGCUAGCCAGUGAGAGGAAUGCCAAUGGUAUAGAAGCCUGGCUAUAUUCCAUUGGUGCUCACCAAACACAAGUCUUCUCUCUCCCGAUCACACCCCCGAUCACACUCAUUUUUCAUCUCGUUCUUUAUCCCUUUCCACUUUUGCAUCUGUCUCUUUUUUUCAUUCUUUCUCCCUCACACACACACACACACACACACACACACACACAGUCAUGCGUACACAUACAAAUGCAGGCAUGGAAAAUAUAAACUUUUCUGUGUUGAUACUGAAAGAAGAGUUUAUUUUAUCUUAUUCGUUUUGUAAAGAAUACUAAUGUUAUUGUAGUCUAUUUUGUUUUAAAGAAUGUUUUGUUUUGUGUAUCUCUGUUAAUCGAGUCGGGCUGGGUGGCUGACCGCGUGUUGAAUUUGACUAAAGAAGCUCUGAGAAAGUUAAGUCAGUCUUAAUCAUCUCAUGGGGUUGAGACUAUGAUGUAUUUAUUUUUUUAUAUUGAAAUGCAUUUUGUAUUAUGCUUUGCAUAAUGUUUCUUUUGGGACAUUUAAUCUGCUGUAACUGAUGAUUCAAGAAUAUUCAGUAUUAUUGGCUGAUUUCAUACAGCUCAGAUAAUAUAGCUGUCAGUCGAUGUUGAGGAUUGUUAGUUUCCAUCAAUGUCAGAGGCUGCGAACAUGAAAGAAUCACUUUUUUUAUUUUAUUUUUUAAAUGGUGAUCAUUUAACCAAACACUUCUUUCCACCAUAUAUGUAGCAUUAUUGAAUGAAAUAUGAUUUUCAAGAGCAAGGCUGACCUCACUUUAAGUGAUUUCUCAGAUUAUUUGUUUAGUCAUUAUCUGCAAUAAUGUAAAUUAUUAGGAUCCCUCAGCACCCUUUCACUCUCCAGACUACCCAGAUAUUAGAUAUUCCCGAGCUACUGAUCUUUGUUGAAGUCAACAUGAAAUGUCAUUUGCAACCCAUUUUACUUCUAUAUAUGAUGUAUUUUUAGUGAAACUAGUAUUCAGUGAGAAAAAUAUGUAGGGGGGCACUUAACUUUAUAUACAGUAUUGGCAGUUGUUUGGAUGGUGAACUGAAAAAAACUGUUGCAGGAUUUACUUUGAAACAAUUCCUAGUAUAUGUCAAAACAAUUGCAAAGAAAUGGCAACUAACAAUAUGAAUUUAAUGUGAAAUUUUGAAGAAGAAAGACUGAAAUAUUAUUUUCUUUAGAAUGACAAGCAUGUACAGUAAGAGCAGGAAUGUGCAAACGCAAGUAAAUAGGGUUGAUUUUGAGUUCAUGUUGACUUUUCUUUUCUGUGUGAACCAGUCAAUAUGCCGUCCUGUUUCCCCGUCUGUGAUUACUUUCUUAAUGCCGCUGUGAAAUAUCCCAUGCUAUAAACGUAGCAUUUUCUCUCUCAUCAGUAUAACAUGCAUCAACUACCUCUGUGUCUGUAAAGUAAACGUAACUAUCUUUGUUCUGAGAAUUUGUGCAUAGAACCGUAUUUGUCCUUAUGUAUCCAGGUAGAUCAAGACCCAACAGAACCCAAUCUGUACCACAGUCUAUACACGAUAUAAGCUUUGAGUGUCUGUUUGAACGUAAUUAUAAUGGUUAUUGCUGCUAUACCAUCUGUGCCCGAUUCUCCUGUGUGUGGACGUGUGUAUAAUAUUUGUUACAGAGAGACAUAACCUGCUCUGCUCUGCUCUGUCUACAAUGUGUGUAAGUGUACAAAUUCAAACGUAGGUCUGAUCACACAUACAGUAUAUACAAAACACUACAGCCAUAAAGCAAUGUGCUAUAUAUUAAUAUAAAUAAAGUGAGAUGUCUUAUUUUUGA